GAUAUCCUCUAUUAUCAAUUCUCAAGCCGCUGUGUGCUACAUGGACGUUGUCUCUAUGUUCGUCAAACUCGAAGAUCAUACGGCCAGCCACUUCACAAAGGGACUAGCAUUUCUUUUCGGAAUCCUCAUGACCAUCUACUCAAUGAUUGUGCCCUACUUGGGAUCAGCAGUUCGGGUGGUUGUUGUGAUGCACAAUGGAGCUUCCGGUCCAUUUGUCGGGAUGUUUCUCUUGGCGUUCUUAUUUCCUUGGGCAAACAGCAAGGGUGUGGUUGCAGGCACGCUCCUCACAACGGCUCUGCAGUUCUGGCAAAUGUUUGGAAAGAUCUAUUACGGGAUCAGAGCACCCAUGAUGCCAGUCAGCACGGACUACUGCCCCGCUAACUCAACUAUGACAAUAGACGCGAUGCGUACGUCAUCCUCCGCUGCUCACAGCAAUGCCGAUGUGUUCCCGUUGUACCGUUUCUCGUCGAACUGGGGUGUCUUGGCUUCUGCGGGACUCACAAUACUCAUCGGCCUGGUCGUCAGCCUUCUCACAGGCCACAAGUUCGGCCAGAUGAAGAGUUUAAUCUUGGACACGCCGGCUGCUGCCUUUGUCAACGUCCCGACCCCGUGA